CUAGAUUCAUUAUUUCUUAAGAAGUAAUUUCCAUUUUAUGAGAUAUUUCAGUAGAUUGUUUAUGAAAACAUUACAAUUGACAAUUCGUAUUCAAUAUUAGGCUGACAAUCUGUCAAUUUCGAUAUACUUAAAUCCAAUAUCUUAGGGCGAUAAAUAUGAAGAGAACAUACAACUGGUUUACCAAGGAUAAUUCUGGAGCAAAAAAUGAGUUUGCCAAAUAUGGCCAUACCUGUGAAAUUCCAGAGGAAAUGGAUGAUGUUGCUGAAUAUUAUUCCCCAGAAACAUUUUGGAAUAAUUUAGCAAAAAAAGCAUUCCAACUGCGCACAGUUUCUGAUAUCAGCAAAUCUUAUACACACCAUUUGAGAAGUCAUGGAGCCAUCAUGAAAGAAAGGAAAAGGCAUCUAAUUUAUCACAAUUAUAUAAUACAUCCUUAUAGUUAUUUCAGAGUUAUCUGGGAAAUGAUUUUGUCAGUUGUAAUAUACGUUCAACUCAUUCUUGUGCCACUUCAUAGCGGAUUCUGCAUUAUAGAGGAUGGUCACUUGAUGGAAGGUUCUGAAAGUUAUUUAGACCCCUCUAUUAUAACCUUAGAUUUCUUCCUGUGUACUGACGUUGUUAUAAAUUUAUUUACUGGCUACUACUCGGAACCGAAGAAAGAAGUUAUUCUAGACUUGAAACAUAUUUUUUUGCAUUACUUGAAGUCCUAUCUUAUACCAGAUGUAUUAUCUUCAUUGCCCACGAAUGCUGCAUACAACUCCGGAUAUGAUUACAGCUUACUAUUUCUCAAGUUACUGAGUCUAUUGAAAAUGCUUAGAUUCAUCACUUUCGUCAAAUAUUACACAAGACUGAUAAAUUUUUUUCAUGUUCGAUAUAGCGUAUCCUCCCUUCUUCUGCUUCUAAUUGGUGUUGGAUUAUACUGGCAUUCUAUCACUUGCUAUUUAAUUUUCGUCAAAUUAGUGGAUGAAUUCCUAGAAACUAUUAACCCUAACCUGCUACCAUCAGAUCAACCUAAUUUAUUUAGUCAGAACUCAUACUCCGACAUUUAUGUAUCCUGCUUCUACAAGGCAUCUAUGAUUAUUUACACUUCUUGGUAUACACAAGAAAACCCUGGAGGAUUGGUUGAAUAUUGCGUUGUAACUAUAAUGUGGUUCUGUUCGAAAGCCAUUCAAUUUUUUAUCCUAGCACGAACGUUGCAAAUAAUGAAAGGGGUGAACUCAUCACAUCAGAAAUAUGUGGAGAUGGAGAGGCAACUGAAGGAAUACAUGAGGGACAAGCAACUGCCGACAUACAUGAGGACCAGGCUACUCACCUAUUACGAUUACAGAUUUCAAAGGAACUAUUUUCGCGAAAGUGAAAUACUGGCAACUAUAUCUGGACAGCUGAGACAAGAAAUUAUUAUGCAUUCGUGUAGACAGUUGGUUGAGAAUGUGGCUUUCUUCAAAAAUUUACCCUUGAACUUGCUGGUGAGAAUCGUAUCCUGUCUGAGGGGCGAGAUGUACCUGAUGAAUGAUGUCAUAGUAAGAGCCAAUACCCCUGGAGAUUGCAUGUAUUUUAUUGCAUCAGGUACCGUGGCUAUAUACAGCACAUCAGGUAAAGAGAUAUGCCACCUUGAGGAUGGUAGCCAUUUCGGAGAAAUAGCACUGGUCAAUAAGGCCGAAGCCAGAAUCGCAUCAGUAGUGGCAAUAGAAAUUUGUGAAGUCUACAGAUUUGAUGUAAAAGAUUUUGUGAGAGCUAUUCAUCCCUAUCCUGACUUACUAGAUAGUAUUGAGAAAAUAGCUUCAGAUAGAAUGGAAAAAACCUUGAUGUUAGAUGAACACAACAGAAGAGAAAUGGCAAUGAAACGUGUUAAUAAAUAGUUUAUAAUCAAGUUCUCAGAUGGUUGUUUUUGUAUCUUUCUAGUUUAUUCCUGAAUAAAGUGCACACUUAUA